ACAUCUUUAAAUAUAAGAGUAGUAUUUGAAACUUUUAUAUAUAUAUAAUUUAUAGUAUUUAUUAUGGAACUGAAACCUAAACGUCUCUGCUUUACAAAACGAUAUGUAUGGGAAGUUACCAGUGAAAAGAAAAUUGAUGUACAAGAACAUCAAGCAACUGGAAAUUGCUGGAUAAAAUGUGCUACAUUCAUUACUGUUAGUCUCAUGAGUAUGGGAACCGGAGCAGCUGAACUAUGGAUGACUCCCGCACUUCCUCACCUGAAAAGCACCAACUUUAAAUUCUCCGUUUCAACUGAAGAACUCUCCUGGAUAAUUUCCCUAUUUAAUGUCGGUGAAAUUAUUGGUUUUUUAUUAUACCCUUUAAUAAUUGAUCGAAUAGGCCGAAAGAAUACACUAUUGGUAUUCUUUAUGCCACAAAUACUAUCAUGUACACUAACCUUGUCUGCUGAAAAUGUAAUUACUUUGUAUUUGGCAAGAAUUAUCGGUGGAAUUGGUUACGGCGCCGGCACUGUUGUUCAAGUUAUAUACGUAAACGAAAUUGCAGAUAAAAAUGUUCGCGGUUUGCUAAUAUCCAUUUCAAGAUUAGCUUUUUUGAUCGGAUGCAUCUCUAUUGUAUUAGUGGGAUCCCUCGCUUCAUAUGAUACGAUGAACUUGGUAGUCCUCUUAAUGCAACCAAUUUUUAUCCUCACCUUCUUCUUCGUGCCAGAAUCGCCAUACUUUUACUUGAAACGCUACAGUGAAGAAAAAGCUAUUAAAAGUUUAUCGAAACUUCACGGAAUUGAUGAUAUAAAAAUUUUAGAACUUAAGAUUAACGACAUGAAAGAAGGCAUCAUUGAAGAUGUAAAGAGUAAAGAGUUUGCUCUGCGAAGUUUAUUUGAAAAGAAACGUCAUCGAAGAGCAUUUUUCAUUGUUGCCACUCUAAAAAUAGGAGUUGCCUUUUCUGGAUCGUCAGUUAUUGCAGUUUAUACUCAGGAAAUUUUCAGUUAUACAGGAUUUUCCAUACCCCCCGAGUAUUCAUUGAUCAUUUUAGUAGCUAUAGUAUCUGUUGGUGUCGUACCAAUUGUCCUUUUAGUUGAUUAUGUUGGUAGAAGAGCGGUGAUUUUAUAUGGCAGCAUUGUUUGUUCUUUAAGUUUGACAGUCUUGGGUUUAUUCUUUUUUCUAAAAAUGUAUCUUCAGAUAAGUGAUUUGUCUUCAAUUUCCUGGUCACCCUUAGUGGCUUUGAUUUUUUUAGAACUUUCGUCUGUUGCUCUACUUUGUACAUCAUUUGUAAUUUCGGGAGAAAUCUUUUCGAGUCAAGUGAAAAGUACUGCAUUGUCUUUUCUAUAUAUUAAAACAAAACUUCUGGAAGUUUUAAUGAAAUUGUAUUUUGAAAAUGUAGUUGGGGUGUUUGAAAUUUAUGGUGUGUUUUGGAUAUACGCAGCAGCAUGCCUUUUAUUGUGCUUGAUUGGAUUUUAUAUAGCGCCUGAAACUAAAGGAAAAACUUUGGAAGAAAUUCAAAUGUUGUUGAAUUAAAAAAAUGUACGUUGUAUUGUAAAUAAUGGACUUUAGGUUAAUUUAAAGUAAUUCGAAUAUGAUGGAUAUGAUAUUCAGCAUGAUAUGCAUAAUUUUAUCCUAUUUUUAUCAUUAUUAUUUAUCAUAUUUAACGAAAUCAUUUAUCACAUCACAUAUGAUCAGGUUGUCUACUCACUGCGGGAAAAGUGAACAAUAGUUGAGAAUUGAAAUAAAACUGGGAAUUAACUGGUGAUAAAAAUUUAUAUCAGAAAUCACAUGAAAAUUUAAUACUUUUCUUACCAAAUUAAAGUCAUGAGAUCUCAUAUAUAUUGUUUUCGGAAUUUUUGUCAGCUUUUUCACACUUUCAAAGAUAUGAGAAAAAUGAAGUUAUACACAAGAACCUAGAAUAUAUUUAUUGAAGAAGCGUGUUGAAGCACUGUUGGUCUCGGUAACAAAAAAAAUACCGAUACCGGCAAUUAAAUUUCUGAGAAAAUUUAAAAAAAUUUAGGGUUUAU